AUGGGCAUUCUAGAGGAGAGUCUUAGCGCCGAGGAUUGGAAUUUCAUCGGCGAUGAAAUUGACGCUCGUCAUCCAGACAGGGCCGUGUCCUACGAAAUGGCGCCGGAUGGCUUUCUGGUCAGGAUGUGGACUAUCGACAAUGCGAACGAUAUCACCUACGGCCCUUUUCCUGUCAAGCCGGAGAAUAGCUCGAUGGUCGAGCACCACGUCAACCGGAUGAACAAGGCUCCCUGCCCCCUCGGCAAAAGCUGUCCCGGUCAAAGCCAAGGCAUGCCUCAAGACAGCCUCAGUCCCAAAGAUUGGGACGCACUGAACAGGGCGGUGCAUUCGAACGAGAUAACGACGUACGCGAUGGUGCAAUGUGGUAUUGUGGUAAAGCAACAGGCGGACGAGGGCGACGUCGAUAGAAUCUUUGGACCUUUCCCGGUCGCUCCUCGAUACAGACAGCAAGUGGAGGAUUUCGUCAACGCCAGCAAUGUACGUCAGUAG